AUGCGGGGCGUGCCCGAGGCGGUGUGUUCCGCAAGAAGCAGCGGGCGGGGGGAAGGGCAAGCGGAGCGUGUUCGUGUACGAGCUGGUGCGCGCGCGACCGCGGGGGGAGGCGGCGGGGAUUAUGGGGGCCGCGGAUUGCCGCGCGCGAGAACAGCAGGCGCCGCGGAGAGUGGCAGUGCUGGGUUGUGGGGGACGGACGGCGCGGAAGGAGUGGCGGAGGGAGCAAUGGGAAAGGCGCAGGGUUGGCAGCAGCGGUCGCUGGAUCGAAGUGACACGCAGAGCGACAUUGCUGACGUGGACGAAUGGGCGAAGGGAGAUGGAGAAAUAUCUGACGGAGAAAUUAAGGCGAGAAUCGGGUCCGAAGGAAUGGGGCGAAAGGGAGAAAAGAGCGAAGGGGAGGCAGCGGGGAUUGACCAGUGGGACCUGGACGCGGAUAUCGAGGAGCACCAUAGCGAGGAUGAAAGCAGCGCUGUGCUGUCCGCCGCCACGAGCGGCGACGGGGGCGAUCCGUGGGGCGUUGGGGGCAGCAGCGGCAGCGAGGAGCAGCGAGCGCUGCAAGCGGCAGGGGCGAGACAAAGGACUAGUGAUAGGAACUUGGGAGUGGAUGGGGAGGAGUUGGGAGUGGUGAGGAGGGACGAGGAUUGGUUUGAAGAGGCGGAGGGCGUGUUGCUGGUGGACGAAGGGCGUGUCGUGCCUUGGGAGUCAGACGGUGGCGAACGGCGGCAGAAAACGAGAAUGGGGGAAGCGAGUACCUGCCUGCGCCCACAGCACCCGCAGCACCUGCAGCACCCGCAGCAGCACCCACAGCAGCCCACAGCUGCAGGUGGCGUGCCUGCGAGCGAGCACCACUGCGUGAGUGCAGGUGCAGGUGCGAGUUGGAACAACACCCACGGCAGCCGGUGCAGGCCGCUGUGGCCAGAGGGCCGUGAGACUGCAGCGCAGGGAGGUGCGAGGGCGAGGGCACGCCACGCGGCGGCGACGUCAGCAGCGGCGGGAAAGAGCCAACACGUGUCGGCAUGGUGGCAAUUCGGUGGGGCUGAUAAGAGCGCUGAUAAGAGGCGACAGCAGCGGGCAGGCCGGCAGACGGAAGAGCACAGGUGGUGGAGUGAGCAGCGGAGUGCAUGGGGCUGGAGCAAGCAGCUGGAGAGAGAGAGGAGGAGGAGGGAGGAGGAGGAGGAGGAAGACUUGUUGGCAGAGGCUGGUGAGAGGGGAGUGAGGGAGGUGAGAGUGAGGGAGGGCGAGUGGGAGGAGGGGGGGUGCGUGGAUGGUGAAGAUGCCUGGAAGGGGGGAGUCAAGGAGGCUGGAGGAGCUUUACACGAGGCAGGAGAGGCGCGCGAGGGAGCAGCAGGAGCAGAUGGUGCGUGUGUGAAACAAGAUUUGGGAAUGGAAGCAGCAGCGGCGCCACCCAUGCGACGGUCCCGCACUGACACGAGGCAGGAGAGGCAGGCAAACGGAGCAGCAGGAGCAGAGGGAUCAGUUGGAGCAGAUGGGUGUUUGUGUGAAACAGGAUGUUGGACUGGUUCCCAUGCCACCAUCCCAUGCGACGGUCACGGACUGACACCCGGCAGGAGAGGGGAUGAGGGCAGGGCAGCAGGCAAUGACACCAGCAGUGAGGGGAGGUGGCAGAAGAAGCGAAGGGUGCAGCAGAGGGGAAGCAGGCAGCGGGCGGGUGUUGCGGCGAGGCAAGACCGCCGAGCCGGCGCUUGGAGCAACGGGAGGGGGUGGCCCGGCGCAGAGAGGGAGACCUGCUCAUCCGCACACACACGCUUGGAUAGUGGGCAUGAGGCAGAGGGCUUUGGCAGUGAGAAGGGGGGGGGAGGGGGUGGCCCCGGCGCAGAGAGGCGGUGCCCCGGCGCAGAGAGGGGGGUGCCCCGGCGGGCAGAGAGGGGGUGCCCCGGUGCAGAGAGGGGGUGCCCCGGUGCAGAGAGGGGGUGCCCCGGUGCAGAGAGGGGGUGCCCCGGUGCAGAGAGGGGGUGCCCCGGUGCAGAGAGGGGGUGCCCCAGUGCAGAGAGGGGGUGCCCCGGUGCAGAGAGGGGGUGCCCCGGUGCAGGGGGGGGGGGUGCCCCUGCUCAUACCCGCAGGCAUGCUUUGUGA